AUGUUCCUUAACAUUGCCACUCAGCAGUGUGGAACUGGUGGCGACCUAUACUCGAUUUAUCAAAUGAUGCUUAAGGGUCACACCUAUAAGACGUUCAAGUUUACACCAGGUACGCUGGAAUGCAGAGAGGCUUGCCUCGCUGAUGACAGGUGUCAAAGCUAUAAUGUGGUCAUGUUCAUUGCAAUAUGUGAGUUAAACAACCGGACUAAAGAAGCCAGACCAGAGGACUUUGUCAAGGACGAAAACAGAUAUUAUAUGGCAAAAGGUCCAGAACGAGGUAAUAGAAUUUGCAAAUAUAGAAUAGUAGGGUGUAGUUAUGUUUACGGAUUUUGCGCGACGAGCCUCUGAUUUUUCUAACUUUUAUCCAGCCAAAGUAAAAUUUCAAUUUCGGUUCCCUUGGGAUCAAUCUUUGAGCUGCCUGCUGAAUCAUGGGAGGAAAUCGAGGCGAGUGAAGGAAGACAGGCAGUUAAAGGUAAUUAUUGGCUGGAUUUUACAAGAUCUGGGAACUCGUUGCGAAAUAAAGACAAAAUGUUAGAACAAGAAUUAUUCCAUGGAUAUUUCUCUCAUAAUCUCUUAAUCAGCCUUCUUUCUUACUAGUUGCGGACUAUUGUGUCAAGCACCUAAGUCAAAACGGUGCAAAGUGCGUGAACCGUGAAAUCAACCACUUGUGUGCGUGUAACUCAUCUAUUUGCACAGGGAAAUAUUGUGAAAAAGGUUUUUCUUUUGUUGAAAUAGUUUCUGACCUCUGAUGGGAUCGGCCAUGAUCUCCUUGUCAUCACAAAGAACAUCACUAAUUAAGAAGUUUGGUUUUUGAGCGGUCAAAAAAAUUGUGGAAGGCUAUAUAUCACACAACGUUUUCGAUGAGCAUUAAUCCAGCAAAUGCUAAUAACUUCGUCAUUUUAAAUCGUUACGAACCGAAAUUUUCACAUAAUGCAAAUACUAGUAAUGAAUUUUGUCCAUGGAAUGCGGUCACGUGGUUCGUGCGCAACAAGAGUGAAUUUCAUGGACUACCUCCUACAAUUAGCUCCACUCGUUUCACUUUUUGUGAUAUCGGCACAGGAAUGUCUUACGUUUAUGAAGGUAGGAACGGGGUGGAUGUACCAUAAACCAAUUGGAGAUCGGCCACUGUGUUUGGUGGAUAAAUGAAUAGAAAGAACGUCAAAACGACGGGAAAGUAGCAUUUUUUCUUUAAAAACUGAGUUUCUCACGCAUGGUAUUUUUAGAAAUUAAUCAAGUCACGGUAUUUUUUCUUAUCUAACUCGAACGUAAGGUCAAAGAGCUACCUGGCUAUGGUUUUUACGAGGGGAGAGUAUACUUUUGGCGUAAAAUACAACAAUGUCGUACCAUCGAAUUUUUGGCAUCAAUCGCCUCUAAAAGGAUCAGCCAUGAUUUCCUCGUGUCAUGAGGAUCAUCAUUAAUUUGGAUGAUUGGUUUUGGACCGUUUUUCUCCCAAACUCAAAUUUUAUUGAGAAAAAAAUGCCGAAAUAAACCAACUGCAAACAGUUUCGUCAAAACUGAAAUUUUCACGAAUUUUAUGUAAACUCUUUAUAUAGAGUAUAUAUAUAAAGGAAAUGUCCACAGACAAGAGGUAACCAUUGUACUUUCUUGGUAAAUGAAUCAAAAGGAUGACAAGACGAAAGGGAUAAGGCCCUUUUGCCUCACAACGUGGAGUCUGUAAACCAUGUUUUUCAACCACUGCAGCUUGAUCCGCGCUAAAAGUCCACACUAUUCAAAUCAUAUUGUUCUUCAUUGGGAAGCAAAGAAAUCAAUGUAGAUUAAUAUAAGCCUUACUUCUGAUUCAUUUUACUAUUGUCUAGAAUGUGGGCCUGUUGGUGUGGGAGACAUCAAUACAAUCUCAGAUGCCAGAAUGACAGCAAGCACAGUCUAUCGUACAAGAGUUUCUCCGUACUAUGGCCGACUCCAUGCAAACAGGGGAUAUGGAGGAUGGUGUCCCAGUACUAUAGAUAGAACAGAAUAUCUUCAAGUUGAUAUGGGUGCAAUGUUGUCUGUUUGUGCUGUGGCCACCCAAGGGCAAAAGAUGUUCGAUUUUUGGACUACCAGCUACAAACUGCAACUAUCCACAGACGGUGUAACCUGGAACGCUUACGAGGAAACCAGCACUGCAAAGGUUUGAUCGGCAACUGUUAGUAAUGAUUAUAGGACCGCGAAGAGUCCAACUCAGCGAGUUACAAAAGCAACUUAAAAAAUUGCGCCACUGCAAACAAGAGCGUGUUUGUUGCUAUUCACAAGUAUGAUUACUUACUUAUUACAGUCUGCUGAUAACUGUCACGAUUUGGAGAUCUUUGCCAAUAUGUUAAAUAAAGACAAAUAGACUGCAGUUUCCAAUAGUACGCUCUCUCUCAGUGAUAAACUGAGGAUUGACGUUAAAAGAAUAAAAUAGCGAAGUGGUUUCAUUCCAGACUUUUAGCCAGCUCGCGAGCUUGUAUGUCUUUCACAAUGAAGCUUUCAGGCAUAUUUGUUUUCUUCAUUGCGGCAAGAUUUACGAGAAAGGUUACAGUUCUCUGAUAGAUGAUUCCUAAAGAGGUCCCCGUCUAAAGGUAACUUAGAAUGCAGCAUAAGUUUCCUGGCCAGCAGUGAUGUAAGUUAGAUCGUCUUCCACACCUCAACCUUUCCAUAAAACAUUUCCCUUUAAACUUGGAUUAUCACAUCAUUGCCGAAUUACACUAUUUUCUCGUAAUAAAGUAUACGUUUUUCCUCUUCCAGGUUUUUCCAGGAAACUCAGACCGACACAGCGUCGUAAAACUUUUCCUCAAUACUAACGUCACGGCCAGAUACGUUCGGUUUUAUCCCGUCACCUACCACAGGUUUCCAUGUUUGAGAGUUGAAGUAUUUGUGCGAAAAUGA